AUGGCGUCCGCAUCUCGAGUGAGGCUUGGCACUCUAGUCCCCCUUACCAAGGACAAUGCUGGCUCAUCGAAUGGAUCUGUAUCAAGCAUUCCCAUAUUCCAGGGGUCCAAUGUAGUCGGGAGGGAUCAUUUGGUUGUCGUCGACAAGAGGAUCAGCCGCAAGCAUCUGAGCCUCCAUGCCUCCACUGACAGCUCCAUUGAAGUAGUAGUGGAAGGUCCAAACCCUAUAAUGGUGCGGUCGAAGGGGCAGAGGUUGAAGGUUUGUGCUAAAGAGAAAGCCAAGAUUGCACAUGGCGAUGUCCUGGAACUGAUUCCUGGUGACUAUUUCGUGAAGUAUGUGGACAUGGGUGAUGAACAUAAAAGUACUGUACCAAUGAAUUUGAGCGACUUAAAGAAGGGUAAGAGGCAUAGUGAGGAAGAUAGUGCAGCAGUCAAGAGGAAUAGACAGAUUAUGGAAGAUGAGGCUUUGGCAAGAACACUACAGGAAAGCUUCGCAGAAGACGACACAGCUGUUUCUGGCAUGACUUCUGUCCAAAAAAUAAGUUCACAUGACAGUGCUGGUUCUUCUGGAAGAAAUAAUGAGAGAACACGCUCUGUUGGUCCUUUGAAAGAUAUUCUCCCAUUGACUUUUCGGCUCAUGCGUGUCCAAGGUCUUCCAUCAUGGACUAACACUUCCUCAGUUAGCAUUCAAGAUGUCAUUCAGGGUGAAGUGCUUCUUGCUGUACUCUCAAAUUACAUGGUGGAUAUUGACUGGCUGCUUACUGCAUGCCCAAGUUUGAGGAAGGUUCCACAUGUCCUGGUUCUACAUGGACAAGAUGGUGCUUCAUUAGAGCUUAUGAAGAAACUGAAGCCUGCAAAUUGGAUCCUCCACAAACCUCCACUCCCAAUUUCAUUUGGAACACAUCAUUCUAAGGCCAUGUUGCUUGUAUAUCCUCAAGGAAUUCGAAUUGUUGUGCACACAGCGAAUUUGAUACAUGUUGACUGGAAUUACAAAAGUCAGGGACUAUGGAUGCAAGAUUUUCCCUGGAAAGACACAAAUGAUAUGAAUAAAAAAGUUCCCUUUGAGAAUGAUCUAGUUGAUUAUCUCAGUGCACUUAAGUGGCCUGAGUUCAGGGUAAAUCUCCCCGAGGUUGGUGAUGUCAACAUCAAUGCAGCAUUCUUUAGGAAAUUUGACUAUAGAAAUUCAAUGGUCAGGUUGAUUGGAUCGGUUCCUGGUUAUCAUGUGGGCCCCAAUAUUAGAAGGUGGGGCCAUAUGAAGCUUAGGAAUGUUCUUGAUGAAAUCACGUUCGAUAAACAAUUUUGCAAGUCCCCUCUGAUUUAUCAGUUUUCUUCCCUGGGGUCACUUGAUGAGAAAUGGAUGAGUGAAUUUGCAUGCUCGCUGUCAGCUGGUAAAUCAGAUGAUGGAUCACAGCUAGGAAUCGGGAAACCACUGAUUGUCUGGCCUACGGUGGAGGAUGUUCGGUGCUCAAUAGAGGGUUAUGCAGCUGGUAGUUGCAUCCCAAGCCCACAAAAGAAUGUUGAGAAAGACUUCUUGAAGAAAUAUUGGUCCAGGUGGAAAGCGGAUCAUGUAGGUCGUUGUCGGGCUAUGCCUCACAUAAAAACUUUUACUCGUUACAGUGGCCAAAACAUCGCAUGGUUUCUGCUUACCUCAUCAAAUUUAAGCAAAGCUGCUUGGGGCGCUCUGCAGAAGAACAACACACAGCUAAUGAUACGCUCAUAUGAGUUAGGUGUAUUAUUCUUGCCCCAAACGCUUCAAUCAAUACCGCAGUUUUCAUGCACGGAAAAGAGCCACUCAAGCCGGGAUGGCGUCGCCCUUGGCAAGACGAUCAAGACCAAGCUGGUCACUCUUUGCUGGAAAGGUGACGAAGAGGAUCCAUCUAUUGUGAGAUUGCCUGUGCCAUACCAGCUUCCUCCACAACCUUAUGGCACACAAGAUGUCCCUUGGUCAUGGGAUCGGAGGUACACAAAGAAGGAUGUGUAUGGUUCCGUCUGGCCUCGACAUGGUUAG